AUGGGUUUCUUUGGAAAGAAAGACCCUUCUGGUGACGAGAUCAAAGAGGUUCCGAUAAUGAGCGACCCGGAGAAGCAGCAGCCGGUCCACCACGAUGUUGUGCAGACCGCUCUUCCUCAGAUUCCUCCGACGGUGGUCAACAUUGAUCCUGUCGUUGAAGCGCGCAUCUUAAGGAAACUCGAUUUGAGAGUUCCCACUCUUAUGGGAUUUUUAUACCUGCUUUCUCUUCUCGAUCGAAGUAAUAUUGGAAAUGCGAAAAUCGCCGGGAUGGAGGAUGAUUUGGAUCUCUCCGGAAAUCGCUAUGCCUGGCUCCUAACGAUCUUUUACAUCUCCUAUGUCGUGUUCGAGUUUGGGGCCUUCAUGUGGAAGGUCAUGCCGCCUCAUCGAUGGGCAGCCAUCACGGUCUUGUCCUGGGGCAUUGUGGCGACAUGUCAGGCCGCGGUCCAGAACUGGGAGGGACUCAUGGCUUUGCGGUUCCUGCUCGGCAUGUCAGAGGCUGCCUUUGGUCCCGGAACUCCUUAUUUACUGUCUUUCUUCUAUCGCCGUCAUGAGCUCGGCUUCCGCUGUGGGCUAUUCGUGUCAGCCGCCCCUCUGGCGAAUACAUUCGCCGGUGCCCUUGCGUAUGGAAUUACUUCGGGUCAUUCCAAGUUAGCGAACUGGAGAUUGUUAUUUCUGGUAGAGGGCAGCCCGUCAUUGCUGGCUGCUAUCCUAGCCUGGCGAUUUCUCCCCGACAGCCCGUCCAAAGCCCGGUUUUUGACGGAAGAAGAGAAGGAGGUUGCGCGGGCAAGAAGCCUUCAGCAGAGUGGCGAACGCGAACGGUCGAACAAGAUCAAUUGGAGAGAGUUAGCCGAAACACUAACGGAUGCGAAGGCCUGGCUAACCGCGUUGAUGUACUUCAGCUGCAACGUGAGCUUUUCUUCACUUCCGGUGUUUCUGCCCACGAUCCUGAAGGAUAUGGGGUUCACUUCGAUCAACGCCCAAGGGCUUACGGCGCCGCCCUACUUUGCUUCGUUCCUGGUCACAAUUGCCACCACCUGGAUCGCGGAUCGGUUGCAACAGCGUGGUUUGAUGCUUAUGGUCCUGUCUCUGAUCGGAGCUAUUGGCUACGUUCUCCUCGCCACCUGCACAUCUGUGGGCGCGCGUUACGCAGGGGUGUUCCUCGCUGCUAUCGGUGUAUUCCCUUGUAUCGCGAACAUUCUCCCAUGGGCUCUGAAUAACCAAGGCUCGGAUUCACGACGGGGUAUGGGUAUUGUCAUCCUCAAUCUCAUCGGCCAAUGCGGACCCUUCCUGGGCACAAACGUCUUCCCGGAAAGCGACGGGCCACGCUACAUCCGCGGACAGUCCAUUUGCGCCGCCUUCAUGUUCUUCACCAUGAUUCUCGCGCUCGCUCUCCGAACCCUUCUCGUAUGGGAGAACCGCCGCCUAGACAAGCGGCAUGGCACGCAGGCCGAGCGGGAAGCACGGGGGUGGAACAAAGGCGAAAAUGUCGCCGAAGAGAAUUAUGGAGCUGGAUUCCGACUAGUCAACCCUAGACCCAGUAACUACGAUCCUGAGACAUUUCCCCAUAGCUUCGACGCACCUCUAUACAGCACCAAGGAACAGCCCACCCAGAUACAAGCCACCAUGGCCUAUGCAUCAGAACACAAUGCCCAUCUUUACGGGAUCGUGGAUAUGGGCAGCAAUGGAAUCCGUUUCUCCAUCACCGACAUCUCACCCCCGACAGCGCGCACAAUGCCCACCGUUUACCAGGACCGGGCUGGCAUCUCGCUCUACGAUGCCCAGUUCGCUGGUAGCGCGCGCGGCCCCAUCCCGCAGGACAUUAUAGAGCAGGUCGUGGACCGGUUGGUGCGGUUCCAGAUUACGUGCGAGGAUUUCGGCGUCCCAGCGCAGAAUGUUUACGUGCUUGCUACGGAGGCGACGCGGACGGCGCCGAAUUCGGAGGAGUUUCGGGCGCGCAUUAAGCACCGCACGGGGUGGGAGGUGCGUCUGCUGUCGAAGGAGGAUGAGGGGAGGAUUGGGGCGCUGGGUAUCGCGAGCAGUGCUUCCUCGGUGGCGGGGCUGGCGAUGGAUCUCGGGG